AUGUACACUGUGCCAUAUAUGCUGCCCAAGCCAAAAAAAUUCUUAAACUGUCUGCAACAAUAUUUCGGCUUAGAAUCGUUUAAGCCACUGCAAUGGCAGAUAAUACGCGCUCUACUAACGGAAAACCGUGGCGGCGAUGUUUGCGCUGUUAUAGCCACUGGAUAUGGCAAGUCGUUGAUCUAUCAGUUUCCCGCCUUUUACCUGAAUAAAGUGGUUUUUGUCAUAUCGCCACUAAUUGCUCUAAUGGAGGAUCAGGUGAAUGCCCUGAAUUAUAAAUCAAAAUCUGGCGACUGCGCCUGUUUGCUGGGCACUGCUCAGGAGGAUCGCACCAUCAAGGAGCGCAUUUUGGGGCUACACUUCAGAUUGGUGUACGCGACGCCGGAGUACAUAACACGUGGUAAUGGCCUCAAGCUGUUACAGGAUUUGGGUCGCAAUUUGGCGCUGAUUGCCAUCGAUGAGGCGCACUGCAUCUCCAAAUGGGGUCACGAGUUCCGGCCUGCUUAUCGUCGGCUCAGCGAGGUGCGGUCGGCUGUACCGCUAGUGCGCUUUCUGGCGCUCACCGGCACCGCAACAAGGCGUGUGCGCGAAGACAUUUGCCAGCAGCUUCAGAUGCGCAACCCGCUAAUCCUCUGCAGCGGCCUGGAUCGCCCCAAUUUGGAGCUGACGGUGCGUGCGAAAAGUGCGGAUAUUUGGUCGGACCUGCAGCCUUAUCUGAGCUGGGCGGCCGAGGCGGCCGGCUCGGUUAUUAUCUUCAACAACACCAUACGCGACACGGAGCAGAUGGCCCAAGAGAUAAGCAGGCAUGGCAUGCGCUGUCACAGCUACCACAGCAAGUUGCCGUUGGAGCUGAAGCGCCGCAAUCAAGAGCAAUUCACCAGCGAUGAGGUGCGCCUCAUGGCGGCAACAACGGCCUUCGGCCUGGGCAUCGAUAAGCCCAACGUCCGCCUCGUGGUGCAUUAUGGUGCGCCCAGUGACAUGGAGCGCUACUACCAGGAGAUUGGUCGCGCCGGCCGCGACAAUCUGCAUGCCAAGUGUGUGCUUUUCUAUGGCGACGCAGAUGCUGCAAUUCAUCAACGGUUGCAGCACAGUCAACCACUGACAGCCCAACGUAGCGAGGAGCUGCAGCAGCUGGCCAGAGUCAUGUUGGAGUACACACAGAGCAACCAGUGCCGGAGGCAGUUCAUACUUAAUUACUUUGAUGAUCAGACUGCUGCUCGUAGCCAGCCACGUCGCAAUUGCUGCGACAAUUGCCGCAAGGCGCAACACAUAAAAUCUACUCCCAUAGAGCAGCUGGAUGUCAGCAGUGAAUCACGUCUGCUACUUGCCAUGCUCAGGGACUUGAAUGGCAGCCUUGGUCUUGGCAAACUAAUACUGGGGUUGCGCGGCUCGCGCAGCAAAUGCCUUAGCAUCGGAAGUCGGACCCACGAGAACUUUGGCAAGGGCGCCCAUCGAUCCAAUGCCUGGUUUAAGGUACUCGCUGAGCAUCUGAAGUCCACAGGUUACAUACAGAAUGAUUAUCUGAAGAAUGCGAAGUGUGCAUUUGGCUUUCUCAUGCCGCAGGUCACGCUCAAAGGUUGCCGCUGGCUGGACAACGAGCCGACUGAAGCCAAGAAGAUAAUCAUUGAACCGACACCCCGUAUGGCAAAGCUGCUCAAGCAGCGCAAACGUUGUCGUGAGAAGGGCAAGCUACCAAAUGAGUCACUUGACUGGGGCUCUGACAUCGACCUAAGUGAGUUGGAUGACGUUGAGAAGCAACAGGAAACUCUCAAGAGCAAUGAAUCUGUGUGGGGACCUGAUAUCGACAUUGAUUUCCAGCGAAUCGACGAAGAAGUGGCCAAGUCCAUUAAGAAUCCAACAACUGAGCAGCCAGAAGUCAAAUCCACUGAUCUCGAACUACUGCUCACUGACUGCCAUAAGAUUUUGCAAGAGGAGCAGGAGGAAAGCGCCAUAACACAAAAGGCCCGCAAGCGCGUCUGGCAGUACCUGGAGGGCAGCUACCAAAAGCGACCCCUAAUACCAAAGUACAAAUACAAGAAAUGCAACUGA